ACUUUUCAAGUUUUCGUGUCAUUUUUCUCCCAAGUUGGUUUAGUGCUUUAUUUGUUUUUGCUGUUACCCUGUAAUGUGUUUUUGGUCUGUGCACAAAUAUCAGUAGUUCUGUCCCUUUUUCCCCAUUUCCCUCCACCACAACAGCCCAGGCAGCCUACCACCACCACCACCACCACCACCACCACCCUUAACGUGCCUCACAGUACCUCUCUUUCUCUCUCCUCUGCUCUUCAAUUUCUGACGAUCAACAGUUCUACUUCUGCUAUUCAAUUUCAUGCAAAUUUAACCCCCACUCUUAAGUAAUUUCUUUGACAUUUUUCAUGUGCUAAUUUUCUUGCUGUUUUACAAUUUUAUUUGUGCAAAUUAUGCAUUGAAGUUAGGUCUCAGAUUUAUUCAUGGGUUUGCAAUUCUAGAAUCACUUUUUCCAGGAAAUGCAAAUUCUAGAAUCUUUAGAUUGAACGAGAAUUGAUUGGAAACAGGGAGAAAAAUCUGGGUUUUUUUGAUUGAUUGAAUUGAUAAGCAGCAAUUUCUAGGGUUUCAAAGAGUGGUAAGUUAAUAAAUUCCCCCCACCCCCCCUUUUUUUUUGUUUUACUUAACUUGUUCUUUUUUAUGUUUUUUUUUUUGGUGAGAUUACAUGGUUAAUUAAAUACCGUUCUGAAACGAAUUUGAGUACAAUGAGAUGAGAAUAUCAAUUUCAUUGGGUGUUGAACAAUGGCAGAUGGAUUCGAAACCCGAGACGGGGAAUGCAGUUGAUGGUGGUGUAGGGGUGUUGAAUCAUCAUAUUCAGAGUUGUUCACAGUUAUCAGGUCUCAGCAUUACAUCUGAAAGUUCUGCCCCUAAUUUUGUUUAUCAAAGAAAGAGGAUUCAAAAGAACCCUAAUCCUGUUUUCCCAACCCUGUCACCUGAUAAUAUUGCUUAUGUCUAUGAACGAAGGAAACAUCAAAAGAGUGCACCCACUAAUUUUACACUUAUGGUCUCGGAAAAUUCAUCACCUAUUAAAAGAGGGUUGAAUGAAAGGGAGGGUACUAGGGUUUCUUCAAUAGAGCAGCCAUUGACAACUUCAGAAGCAAUUGAUGGUUAUGUGACCGAGGACCGUGGUUUUGAUGCAAAAGAAAAGAGGAACAAGGGUUUUGAUUUGUAUAGCAUAGAUGAUAGUUGUUCGUCGUCGUUGCUUAAUGUGGAUAGUGGUUCUUCUCCAUUGAAGAGUAAAGUUGAUGAAACUGAUGAGUGUUCAUCCUCUGGUGCACUUGUUGUAGAUGUGAUGGGAAACGACAAAUCGCUAUCAGUUAAAGGUCUUUGUGUUUCUAUUCUUCGGAGUCAUGGGUUGUUGUCUAAUUAUGAGUCAAACAGAUCUGGUCUUUCUGAGGAAGAUGCUCCUUCAUGUAGUGGAAGCAGUUGUUCUCGCACUUGUAAUGUUUGCGGUGUAGUUGGUACGGCCAUAGACCUGCUAAUUUGUGAUGAGUGUGAGAAAGCAUUCCAUAUAUCUUGUUUCAAUCCAUGCAUAAAGAAGAUUCCCGAUGAUGAUUGGUAUUGUCAACCUUGCUCUAAAAAGAAGCAUAACUUGUUAAAAGAGAGAGCCAUUAGAAGGUCAUCAAUUAUCAGAACUGGUAAAGGUUCUGUGUCAUCUGAAGGAGAUUUCAGUCCAAUAGCACUGAUGUUAAAUGAUUCUCAACCUUACAUAACUGGUGUCCGGGUUGGUAAAGGAUUCCAAGCAUUUGUGCCUGAAUGGUGUGGCCCUGUUGCAAGGAGAGGCACUGUCUUUCCUGAACCAAUGGAGUUGGAUCCAUUGCAACCGGUUCAUUUGCUGGGACCAACUUCUGGCAAGCAUCGUAAGGCCUUUAUUGGUAAUUGGCUUCAGUGUAGAGAUGUCAUUGUUGGUAUGGGAGAUAGCAUUGAUGGAACUAUAUGUGGAAAGUGGCGCAGGGCUCCUCUGUUUGAGAUCCAGACUGACAAAUGGGAUUGUUUUCGUUCUGUUCUUUGGGAUCCUUCGCAUGCUGAUUGCUCUGUACCUCAGGAACUGGAAACUGAAGAAGUACUUAAGCAAUUGAAGUACAUUGAAAUGUUGAGGCCUCGAUUGGCAGCAAAGAGGCGGAAGUUUGAUGUCUGUACUGCUAAUGGCUCUGAGGCUGUUACAGAGGACGUAAGCAAGUGUACAGGCUCUGUUGAUGCAGAAAGGAAUUUGUAGUUUUGCUGAAUUCGUAGUUUUUUUUUUUUUUGGCAAGGGAAUUCGUAGUUUUGCUGCGCAAUAUAUUGGUCAAUUCAAUCAACGUAAAUUCAUGUGUCUGAGUUUGGUGCAUGCUUUCUGACCAUGUUGUAUUCGAAACCAAAAGCAAGCAUAGCUAGUGUACAUGUAAAAAGGAACUAAGCUAGGUUUCGGUUCUGUCAUCUGGGGUCGUUCGUGCCAAAAUGUUAGAAUCUAUCCCUUACGUUUUUGAUGUGGUUGUAGGGGAAAAAUAUCUUUGUAUCAAACAUAAUGCGGUUGUUAAAUCAAUGAAUUUGUUAUUCAUUUCCCGAUUUUAGUA